AUGAUGAAUAUUUCCACAUGUAUCGAUAUGCAUCCACUUCCAGCAGAUGUGUUCGACAUAAAACAUGAUGAUUUUUAUAACUUCGUUGAUUAUGAAUAUGGACCUUUACAAUCAAAAAUUCUCAAAUAUCAACUCAUUAGCGAUGUCGAUACUUAUCUUGAAUGUACUGAUCCUACAGAAAUUUUAAAAUACAAUAGUGCAAAAUUAAACGAACUAAAGGCCGAGCCAUGUUUAAUGACUGACGAAAAUUCUUUCGUAAUAUUUCCUGAAAUUAUUGCGUCUUUUAGUAGUUUAAAAAAGCGUUUACUGAAAAAGAUCGACGAAAACAUUAAAGAAAUCAAGCGAAACAAAACCUUUGACAACGCUUCUGUCUCAACAUCAUCAACUGCACGUAUAUCUACUCAAUCAAAAACAGUUGAUGAAUUUCGAAAUCAUAUAACCAAAUCGAUUAAUCAAUGGCUAGAUAAAUAUAGAAAUGAUGUCGAUUUAUAA